CGCUCACGCGCAUACGCACGCGCGCAUUUAAUAAUCAGAUAUAACAUAAGAAAGCAUAACAUAAACAGAAAACACUAAUUUUAACACACAUUUUAGUUUGAAUCUUCCGGAAAAGUGACCUUUGCAGGAAGAAAAGGAGAAAAACCGGGUGCCCCAACACAGUUGUGAUUCCUAGGUAAAGAGACAGAUUUCUUUAAGGAAAAUACAUUCUUCUUAUUAUGUAGAAUUGUAACUCAAUUAGAAAUAAGCAUAAAAGAAGGUCAUUAUUUUUUUUAUCUAUGAUUAUUUAAUAAUUUUCAUUCCCUAAAUAAAUAAAAAAAAACUUUGUUAAAAUGUUAUCCCGUAAAAGGAAAGCAAAUUUUACAAAGCAGGAACUUGAGGUACUAGUUGCUAAUGUACAAGCCAGGAAAGAUAUAUUAUUCACUAAACGUAACACACCUGUAUCUAACCAAGCAAAGCAACAUGCAUGGGAAUGCAUUGCUCGUAAAGUCAAUUCUGUGGAGUCCGUCAUGGGUGAACACCGAACUGUGAACGAUGUGAGACGGAAAUGGGUAUGUCUGCUGAGCGAAACGAAAAAAGCCGAAAUGCAGCGGCGGCGCCGAAACCAAGGUGCUGACGGUGCGUCCGGGUCCUCUUUAGGAUUGAGUGGUGCUUUGGCUUUAGGAAUCGGUUCAGGAGAAUAUACCCCUCUGCUCGCCGAAGCUAUAUUGAAUAUAAGCAAAAGCAUUGGUGCUAAUGCAUCUGACGGAAAAGCUGGUAGUAGUUCAUAUUCUGUAGAUCGAAAUUCCUCUUUGCACAAUUCUGUAGAAGAGGUUAAUGAACUUUCUUUGUCGGCCGGAGAUAAUAACUUUAUCGCAGGUGUUACUCAAGUUAGUCAUGGAUUAAGUAAUAGCAGCAACCAAUUGAUCUCUAAUACUAGUGUCAACGAGACAGCUGGAAAUAACACUAGUUAUCUGCAAGUUUCUUCGGUGUAUUCCCAAUCCGAUAUUCUUGAUGAUGUAGAAGACCAAUUGAAUAGUUCCCCGUCCAGAAACACUCAAUCACCAACGAUAAUAAAUAAAGCAAAUGCAAAUAUUGUUUCAAAUUUAAAAGCUACCGGACGAUCAAACGUAAAUCAACACAAUUCUGGAGCACAUCUAACACCAGAGGUAACUGCAAAUACAAUUUAUUCUGUUACAAAUAUCAACAAUCGUGAAAAUAUCACUGCUGUCAACUCUGAUCUAGGUAUCGUUCAAAUAACACCUAAUAUCAGUUCGAGCGUUUAUAGUAAUAAUUCAGUAUAUUUAGACGAGACAGGUGAUUCUAAGAUAACACUCCCUGAUGGUUCUAUUGUAUCUGUUCGGAAAAGGCGACACAGUCAGCAAAGUAACAAUGAAUUAAACAGAACCAAUUUCAAUUCAGAAGAAAUUAUAUCCGACCAGGAUGAUGACAUUCAAGAUAUUGAGAUUGAUCCCAAGCAGAUAGAUUUGAAUUCUGCUCCAGUCUAUUCUGUUUCCACUUACACCAAUAGUUCUGAUAGCGAACAAAGAGAUAAAUCUUCAUAUCAAGUCACUGCAUUAGACAGCGUCGCUGGAUCAGACACUGGAAAUAGAUUGAGAACGAAGAGGAAACGUUUACAUCAGAUAUCGGAACAUUAUUCGGAAAAGCUUUACCGAGUAAGAUUUGUUUUCUUUUUUAAAAACUUUUUCCAUUUCUUUUUCAUUUCGUUGUUGAUGUUGUUGUUAUAAUGGUUUCAAAUUUUGACACAAGAUCAUCUGUUUCAAGGGAGGGUGUAAGUCGAGUACAUCGAUCCCAGUGC